CAGAAACUUCAUCUUCACAAAGCUUAUCUGAUGUCUGUUAAGUAUACAGUGACCUUCACUUCCACAGUAUGUGUGGCACGUUCGAAAAAAGGAUUUGCAGUUUAUUUCCAAGAACAAAAACACUAUCUUCUUGUGCUGCUGCUUGGUUGAUAAAUGCAAGCAAUUUUUUCAUGAAGUGACCAUUUCAUUACAGUGCAUCCACAAGAACUGUUGAUUCAGUAAAGGUCACAUUUCUUUGUAAAAAAAACUGAAUAAAAAUGAGGGAAAUGUCAAUCAAGAUACACCUGCUGCUUGGACUUACCAUUGCUGCACUUGUACAUGCUACGCAAAAAAAUGCAGAUUGUCCACAAUCAUGUGUAUGUGAAAUUAGACCAUGGUUUACACCCAGAUCCUUAUAUAUUGAGGCUCUUACAGUGGACUGCAAUGCAUUAGACCUGUAUACUAUCCCAGACAGACUACCAGUUAAGACACAGAUACUUCUUUUACAAGCAAACAACAUAGAGGAAAUUAAGAACACAGACAACUUUCCUGUAAAUCUCACAGGACUGGAUUUAUCUCAGAAUAAUUUAUCCUCUAUGAUCAAUAUCAAUUUUACCAAUGCACAUCAGAUUCUUUCAGUGUAUCUAGAAGAAAAUAAGCUCACAGAGCUUCCAGAUAAAUGUUUUUCUGGUCUGAAGAAUUUACAAGAGCUCUACAUUAAUCACAACUUGAUAUCCACAAUUUCAGCAAAAGCGUUCACUGGCAUCAGCAAUCUUCUCAGGCUUCACCUUAAUUCAAAUAAAUUGCAAGUAGUUAAUAGCAAGUGGUUUGAUGAAAUACCAAAUCUGGAGAUCCUCAUGAUUGGUGAAAAUCCAAUAACCAGAAUCGAAGAUAUGAACUUUAAGCCUCUUAUCAACCUGCGCAGCUUGGUUUUAGCAGAAAUAAAUCUUACUGAAAUACCUGAUAAUGCAUUUGCAGGUCUGGAAAAUUUAGAAAGCAUCUCAUUUUAUGACAACAGAUUUGUAGAGGUCCCCUCUGUUGCUCUUCAAAAGGUGGUGAACCUCAAAUUUUUGGAUCUUAAUAAAAAUCCUAUUAGGAGAAUACAAAGAGGAGAUUUUAGCAAUAUGUUACACUUGAAAGAGCUUGGGAUUAAUAACAUGCCUGAACUAGUUUCAAUAGACAGCCUUGCUAUUGAAAAUUUACCGGACCUGAGAAAAAUAGAAGCAACUAAUAAUCCAAAAUUGGCAUAUAUACAUCCGAGUGCAUUCUAUAGACUUCCUAAACUGGAAACACUGAUGCUCAAUAGCAAUUCCCUCAGUGCCAUUUACAGGAGUACAAUAGAAGCUUUACCCAAUCUUAAAGAAAUAAGCAUACACAGCAAUCCGAUUAGAUGUGACUGUGUAAUUCGAUGGGUUAAUAUGAACAAAACAAGCAUACGCUUUAUGGAACCAGAUUCAUUAUUCUGUGUUGAUCCCCCUGAAUUUCAAGGGCAGAAUGUCAAACAAAUUCACUUCAGAGAAAUGAUGGAAAUAUGCCUUCCAUUAAUUGCUCCUCAAAGUUUUCCUUCAAGCCUGAAUUUGAAUACAGGAAGUUCUAUUUCAUUGCACUGCAGAGCAACAGCAGAACCAGAACCUGAAAUAUACUGGAUUACACCUUUGGGGAACAAGCUUUUGCCUAAUAUGGUUUCCAAUGUAUUUUAUGUUCACUCUGAAGGAACCCUAGAAAUAAACAACAUAAGUAUCGCAGACGCAGGGCUGUAUACUUGUGUUGCCAAAAACCUGGUUGGUGCAGAUUUAAAAACUAUUAUUGUUACAGUGGAUGGAUCUUUUCCUGAGGAUGUAAAUGGAUCUUUAAAAAUAAAUGUUAAAGAAGUACAAUCUAAUUCUGUCAUGGUAUCAUGGAAAUCAAAAUCAAAGGUUUUAAAAUCCAGCGUACAAUGGACAGCUUUCCUAAAAGCUGAAUAUACCAAAAUAGCUCACAGAGUUCGAAUUUCAUCAGAUGUCAAGCAAUAUAAUUUAACACAUCUCAACCCAUUGACUGAAUACAAAAUCUGCAUAGAUGCACCAAACAUCUACCAACAAAAUCAAAAGCAGUGUGUUAACAUUACCACAAAAGGAAUGGAUAAAAUAACAAAAUAUAAUGAAAAUAUUUAUACAAAUGCAAUGAUUAUUAUCUUUGGUGGUUUUUUUGGAAUUGUUACAGCAGCCUACUUUUUUAACUAUACAUCCUUAUAUUUAAGGCGUAAUUCAGAAAGAAAAUACAUGGGAAGCACUAUACAAACACCGGCAUUUGCUUUCAGUGAACUCUAUCCUCCGCUUUUAAGUCUCUGGAAUACUGACAAAGAAAGCACAGUUCUUGAGGUUAAAGCUACGGUUAUACAAAUACCAACUAACCAACCGUAACAUAACAUAAUUCUGAAUUAACUUAAUUUAUAAAAUACAAAAAAGCACAAAGUUAUAGUUGUGCUCUUCCGGAUGCAGGGAGAUAUUUUUUAAGACAAUAAGCUCCCCUGCUAUUGAAACAUAAAGCUAUCUUAAAUCAUCUUUAAAAGUAUCCCCAAUAACUGGCUUCCUGUAAUAAAAAGCCGAACAUGCAAAUUGACGAAGUAAAUAAAAAACGUUGACAUUUCUGGAAUACAAUACAAAAAUAGCUUUGUUUUAUGUAUUUUUUUGUCUUCUUUUUUAUAUACAAUAUACAGUAGUUGAACUGAGCAAUACCUCCUUCUGUGAUGUAUUUAACAUUUUAGCCAAGAGUUUUUGAAGUGACAAGAAAAACUAGAUUUAAAAAGUGGUGUUACAAAAUGGACAUUUCUGUAGAGUAGUUAGAAGCAGUAAAUAUGUAAAUCUUUUUUAUGGAGAAAAAUACAUUUUUGACUAAAAUAAAA